AUGUCCAAUUCCCUCAAGUCCAAUCUCAUAACCACAACCGCCUUACAAGGUGCAUACAUAGCGGCGAGUGAUCCGAAACUUAAGGAAUCAUCAACUGUGCCUUUCUGGGAAGACGUCCUUAAUGAAUACAUGAGAGACGACAAUAUGUUGGUUUACAGCCAGCAACCCAUGAUGAGCAACAGCACUCAAGCUGUGGACCUUACUGUUGCAUACUACGAUCCUUCAUUUCAGAAGGUAUUUAUGCUUGUGGUAGAGUGCAAGCGUCAUAAAUACACUACCCUUGCAGAGAUGGAAUUCGUCAACCUCAGAAACGAUGUUCAGAAUUUCCCCCUUUUUGGCGGUAAGGGGAAAAGCAGCGAAGAGUUUUAUAGGGACCCAAAGACUACUGGCGCGGAAAUCCAUGCUGCACUAUUGGAGGCCAAGGCACUGCGCAACAACGCAGCUCUAUCCCGUCCUGGCGGAACUUCAUUCCCUAGUGGAGGAACACCAUUCCCCGCGGCAGGGGCUCCAUUCCCUGCGGCAGGAGCACCCCCAACCACUCAGCUUGCUAGAGGAGCCCCAUUUUCUGCCGGAGGCACUCCAGGAAGGCUACAGAUUGCGGCGCCUGCGACUUCGGGGAAGGUCACAUUUACGACACCCACCGACCCACGAACUAUUAAGUAUAUAUUGGAUGGAAGAGUCUAUUCUAGCCCUGCCGAGGAAUGCGCAGACAGUGGGAUAAUCUUCUUCAACGCUAGUCGGAAUCUAUAUGCUUCUAAGUCUUCUACGUGA